AUGCUCCGGAAAGCCACGAGCCUCCUUGCGGGGCGCGCGGGCGCGCUCCGAGGCAACACUUCGUUCGCCUCGGAGCUGGCCCAGAAUGUCCGCUGUAUGAGCGCUGGCGCUGAGGUGAUCGGCAUCGACCUUGGCACGACGAACUCGUGCGUGGCGGUCAUGGAGGGCAAGAACCCGCGCGUCAUCGAGAACGCCGAGGGCUCCCGGACCACGCCGUCCGUCGUCGCGUUCACCGACAAGGGCGAGCGACUGGUCGGGCUGCCCGCCAAGCGCCAGGCAGUCACCAACCCCCAAAACACGCUCUACGGCAUCAAGCGGCUGAUCGGGCGGCGGUUCGACGACCCGACGGUGGCCAAGGAGCAGAAGAUGGUGCCGUUCGAGAUCGUGAAGGCGUCGAACGGCGACGCGUGGGUCAAGGCGGGCGGGAAGGAGAUGUCGCCGUCGCAGGUGGGCGCCUUCGUGCUGGGCAAGAUGAAGGAGACGGCGGACGCGUUCCUGGGGCGGCCCGUGAGCCAGGCGGUGGUCACGGUGCCGGCGUACUUCAACGACUCGCAGCGCCAGGCCACGAAGGACGCGGGCAAGAUCGCCGGCCUGGACGUGCUGCGCAUCAUCAACGAGCCGACCGCGGCGGCGCUGUGCUACGGCGCGGACCAGAAGGAGGGCAUCGUGGCGGUGUACGACCUCGGCGGCGGCACCUUCGACAUCUCGAUCCUGGAGAUCUCCGGGGGGGUGUUUGAGGUCAAGGCCACCAACGGCGACACCUUCCUGGGCGGGGAGGACUUCGACCAGGCCGUCUGCCAGCACCUCGUGGACUCGUUCAAGAAGGAGCAGGGGAUCGACCUGUCCGGCGACAAGCUCGCGAUGCAGCGGCUGCGCGAGGCGGCCGAGAAGGCCAAGUGCGAGCUGUCGUCGACGACCACCACCGACAUCAACCUGCCCUUCAUCACGGCGGACGCGUCCGGCGCGAAGCACCUGGCGCUCACGGUCACGCGCGCGCAGCUCGAGAAGAUCUCGGACUCGCUGCUGAACCGCACGAAGCAGCCGUGCGCGAGCUGCAUGAAGGACGCGGGCGUGACGGCCAAGGACAUCAACGAGGUCCUGCUCGUGGGCGGGAUGACGCGCAUGCCCAAGGUGCACGAGAUCGUCAAGUCGAUCUUCGGGAAGGACGCGAGCCGCUCGGUCAACCCGGACGAGGCCGUCGCGAUCGGCGCGGCCAUCCAGGGCGCGGUCCUGCGCGGCGACGUCAAGGACAUCCUCCUGCUCGACGUGACGCCGCUGUCGCUCGGCAUCGAGACGCUCGGCGGCGUGUUCACGCGCCUGAUCCAGCGCAACACGACCAUCCCCACCAAGAAGAGCCAGGUGUUCUCGACGGCGGCCGACAACCAGACGCAGGUCUCGAUCAAGGUGCUGCAGGGCGAGCGCGAGAUGGCCGCGGACAACAAGAUGCUCGGGAACUUCGACCUGGUGGGCAUCCCGCCGGCGCCGCGCGGCGUCCCGCAGAUCGAGGUGACGUUCGACAUUGACGCCAACGGCAUCGUGCACGUGAACGCCAAGGACAAGGCGACGGGCAAGGAGCAGGCCAUCACGAUCCAGUCCUCCGGCGGGCUGAGCGAGGACCAGAUCCAGCAGAUGGUGAAGGACUCGGAGAUGCACGCGGAGGCGGACAAGAAGCGGCGCGAGAUGAUCGACGCCAAGAACGAGGCGGACUCGCUGAUCUACUCGUCGGAGAAGAGCCUCGCGGAGCACAAGGACAAGCUCCCGCAGGACGUGGUGGACGCGGUGAACGCGGCCGUGAGCGAGGCGAAGGAGGCGGCGGGCGGCGAGGACCCGGAUGCGCUCAAGGACAAGGUGGACGCGCUGCGGCAGGCGGUGAUGAAGAUCGGGGAGGCGCUGAACAAGGCGGGCGCGGAGAGCGGCGCGGGCGAGGAGGGCGCGCAGGAGGCGGAGUUCAAGGAGAAGGAGGAGGGCGGCGACAAGAAGUAG